GCUGUCCUGCUGCUGUUGCUGCUGGGAAGUGAACUCAAAAUGGAAAUGACGUGGUCGACAGUUUGUGUUCUAUUGCUUCUUUUUGUUUCAGCAACUCGCACAGAGUCGUCGAAUAGACAACUGACUACGGAAAACAUCCUGAUCAAUGUGACAGCGGGGACAUUGGCAGACGCACAGCUGCAAGACUCUAACAACUUACAGAUAAAUUUAAACAUAUCGGUGGGUGAAGAGAAGGUGCUGGUCAAUGACGUCCCAGUGGAGCUGUCAGGAGUCACUAGGUUCAACUGCCAAGCGCUUCUCUUGGACAGUGUCAAUGGGAGCAGUGAGUUUGAGUCUGGGGACAUAGUGUCCACUGUUACCCGGGUGAUGGUGAGCCAGAACAGGCUGUACAGUGACUCGGAGGAGGUGGUGGCUCUUCAGGUCUUCAGUGAAGUGAUAGAGAUGGAUGGCAAAGAGGUCCAGCAGCCUGAUAUGUGUGAGGUGAAAAUACUGAUGAGCCCAGACUUCCAGAAGCUGGCCCAGUUUACCAACAUCUACCCCAUUGGACACAGUGAUAUCUUUAGGGUUCCCAGAGAAAAUGAUGUGGUUGUCACAGAUCCACCAAAUUCUAGAAAAGAUGAAGAGCAGCUGAUCUCUCAGACCACAAGCCAGUAUCCUCUGAAGCACACAGAGACCACCCGGGAAGAGAUUGCAUCCCCCGGAAAACUCCCAGAGACCCCCCUGCGUAUGGACCCUGACCUCCUGUAUGAUGUCAGAUACGAUGAUGAACUUGAUUACACUUACCCGAGCCAGCCUGAUCAGAAUCAGAUGGAAACUCCACCAAAGGAACUUAUAUCUUCUUACUCUGCCAUGUGUCAGUGGGUAGAGCAAGCCAGGGAGCGUCUGCGGCGCUUCUGUUCCGAAUCCCUGCCUCUCUUCUUCCUGGUCAUGUGGGUGGUCGUGAUCGGAGUGGUCGGAUCAGCCGUCAUCGUCAAGAUCUUAGAUGUGUUUUUCCCAACUUGUGAACAUAAGCGCAUUUUUCAUGUAAACUCUGUCCCUGUGAUGCCAGAGGAUGAGAAGCACAAUCUCCUGGAGAACAUAGAAGUAGAACCAGAGGAAGAAGAGAAGAAGCCUUGAAUGAGGAUCAUCUUGACCGGCUCCUCCAGUUUGUUCCUAUUUAUUGUUUAACCUGCAGCUUGGCAUGGCCUGGUUUUGUUCUGAUCUGUGAAUCACCACAGCUUUUCCUGUCACUUUACUCUUUCAUGGUCUUCGUGAAUCUUUUCAUCAGCCAACAUAAGCUCAUUUAAUGUUAGCUUAUGCGAGUCCCUCAGAAAGUAGAGCAAAGUGAGUGAUUUAUGGUGCUUAAUCUCAUGAUGCAAUGAGAUUAAAGUAUGGAAGGUUUACGGUUAACUUACCAGCAUCCGCUUUCAGCACAUCAUGCAGAGAAUCUGCAUCUGUGACCACUUUUGCUUUACCCACACCCAAAACAUGUUUAGCUGUGAUGCAGUUAACAAAACCAAUGUCCAAGAUUCAAGGCAUCAUCAGAUGAGCUGAAGUUCUGCUUUUUGAGAAGCACUUUGUAUAUUAUUAAAAAAAAAAAAGUCAUUUUAGCUGAAGGUCAAAGGAAAAGACUGAUACCGCUCUCCAGCUGCUGGUCUUGUUUAGGUUUCCUUAAAGACUGAAAACAAGGGCAAAUGAGCGUUCAUGCUGCCGAAAUCCUUCUAGAAGCAACCCUUGCUAACUGGCACCCAUGUUGGCAGUGCUUCAGGAAGGUGUUUUGAAGCUCCCAUCUAAAUAAAUGGUAACCCCCCACCCCUUCCCCAACCCGCCAAUAUUAUUUAUAAUGUCCAUCAGGACAAAAACUGGAAAAGGCCUUUUUGGUAAUAACAUGACAUAACAGCUCUGAUAUAAACUUAAACCGUUCAAAGUUUUCUCUCUUCCCUUUGUUUCGGUAAAACUAACUGUUAGCUGCAAGGCUAACAUGAUCAACCCAGUUUCCUGAUGGCAGAGCUGUGUAGACACAGUGUAUAUGGCCAUAAAUACAAAUGAUUACAUUAACAUAAGUCAUUGAAAUUUCACCACCAGGGGGCAGUGUUUUAUCAGUGGGUGUUUAGAAAGGUUUUUGAAUGUAAGCUUCUUUACUUUUGGUAAUUCUGUUUUUUCCAUAUCUCUGUUUCCACAAGUAGCUUUGCUUUUCCCGGUAUGAUAUAGGAAUGUGCUCCUAAUGACUUGCCUGGUUUGCUCACUACACCAUCUUCUGGUACAAAUUGGCAAUACACAAAAGUAUAACCUUUAGCCUUUGUAUAGGAUCUGCUCCAAAGGUCAAGACCAAAGCAGUUUGAUAUGGUCUACAUCCUCAGAACUGCUACUAAAUGGACCAUUUAUCCUGUUUAGUUCAAGUUUAUGUAUCACUAAAACUUUGCAGCACAGAAUUAAAAGUUAGAUGCUGUGGGGUUAACCUAUAAAUGUGGACAAACUGAGAAUUUUAGAACCAGAUCCAAACACUUCAGAGUUCCCUUAAAAAACUUUGUGUAUGUAGCAGUUCUUUACAGGUCACACAUUUGUUUGCUUUGUGUAUAUAUAUUUUUUCUCCAAAAUCAUUCAACUACAGCUGGAAAAAAUGAAGACAGCUCUAAAUGCUUUAAAUGUAUUUAAAAGUAAACAGAGGCAAAGACACUUGCUUUAAUCUGUUGAAAUGUCUAAAAAGACAAAGCUACGCAGAUUACUGUGUCAGCGUUUCUGUUCUGUCCUGUCUCUGUUUCUGUCGCUACUAAAACACUCCUCCCUUUGACUCCACAUUACUGACGUUCAUCUGUUGAUUUUCUUUUUUUUUUCUUCACUGUGCCUCUGUUUUUGUUUUGUUUUUUUAAUAAGGAUUCCAUCAUGAGAAGGAUGACUAUGUGGUCUACUUUAAUCAGUAUUGUUUGUGGCUUCCGGUUACUAAUAUUGUAGAAUGUCAGUGAAGCUGUUCAGAAUGUCUAUGCACUCUCUCUCUAUAUAUAAACUACGAGCGGACUGACACAGUCCAAGACUGAAACACAAUUCUUGUUCAAAGAACAAAUCUGCAUGUCCUCACUAUCACUUCAGUGGCCUGUGCUACAAGGUAGCUGUUCUUUGCUGAACUUGGGCUAAGUGACACCACAAUCUGGCUAGGCAGUCACACAAAGGUGGUUAUCAACUGCAGAAGUUACCCACGGUUUCCCAUCUAUCCAUGUGUGCGUUCACAUAACAGAGGAAGUGCUGAUCUCAAACAUUACCUGUUCCAGAGCAGGUUAAGUAUUCAGCAUGUUACCUUAUCUAAUAAAAAGUCAUCCAGCUUUACCAAGGUUUAGUUGACCUUGCAAAGCUUUAAUCAUGCUUCGCAGUACAGCCCUCUCUGAUGUUUGGCAGUUCUAGGUAUGAAGGAUCAAACAGCUCAACAGGCUGUCGGUUAAAAACCUGCAUUGUCAUUCAUUGUAAACUCACAAUCCACAUUUUCUUUUUUUGUUUUUUUUUAUGUGCGAGGCUGUUAUUUUACUACUUGUCAUGCUUUUUCAAAGACAUCCUAAAAGAUCAGCUUGUGAGGUCAUGAUUUCUCUCCCUAGGGCUCAGUUAAACUGCAGUAUGCAUGAUGUACUGCAUUAGCAAAAAGGUGCAUGCAUAGUGUAGCUAGUGAGUGCAGUUUGCUGCUCCAUCAGCAAGUUUUCCAUUAAAAAUAGGAAAGUGCAUGAUGACUUAAAACAGUGUUGGAAUCUGCCUCAAGUUGUGCAACAGAAUGCUGUACGCGACACCAAGUUGGUUCAGAGUUAAAUGUUUUAAUUUGGUCUUUGAUACAUCAGCGUGAUAUCUUUUUUUGGCAUCUGUGUGCAUACAUUGUAUGAAUUACAGCUGGACUGUGUAUUUGGGUCAGAAAUCAUGCUAAUUAAAAGCUUUCCUUACAACCAUCA